AUGAUGGCGACUCAAGCACCAGCACGCAGACGUGGCGCCAAGCUUCUUUUGGCCUUGCUUAUUAUGGCAAUGCUCGCAAUGGUGGCGCAGGCGCUUCCAUUGCAGGACGACUCUUCGAAUCAGGCGAAAGGCAAGCGCUCACCCAUGCCGACACCUUUGCCCCGCAUCCUCUCUCUCAGCCCGCGAUCGACUCCAGACGAAGUAUAUGCAUUCUACUCCCCACGCGACGUCGUUCUGGACAGCUUCGCCGACUCAAACAAGCUCGAGAAACGAGGCACGCCGACGAAGCGUCAGGACCAGCCCUCGGUCCCGCUCUCGUCGCUCGGCCCACCCACGUUCCCGGCCAACAUCCCGUCGUGUCCCAAGUGCGAGGAGCGCUACUCGUCGCUUUCGUCGUGCAUGGGUGCCAGCUCGGUGUUUGCCAAUGCCACGUCGAUCUUCUCUGAUCCCGUGGCGUACAUCAAUGUGAUCAAGUGCGCCUGCACCGACACGUUCCAGGCGGUGUAUCCGCAGUGCCUCGACUGCUUCCAGCAUACGGACCAGUGCUACUACCUCGGCACGGACCCGCAGGGAACGGGCGCGAACAAGGUCAUCAGCAACCUGCGCAGCAUCUGCGGCCUCGGUUCGGCACUGCUCGGCGGCGUAGCGAGCGCCAACAACAAUAUCGGCACCAACGUGCCCGUCAACCCGCCGUCGUACACGGAUGUCUCCACUACGGGCGCGGGCUAUAAAGAUUCGACGACGGGUGCAAUCUUCCAGAGCUCGGGCGGUCGCUCGGUUGUGGAUGAUGCUCUGCAUGGCUGGGGUCUCGCAGCUGUAGCAGUGGCAGCGACUGGUCUCGCGCUCCUGGGAGGUGCGGCGAGACUCGCAUACUAA